AUGGUGAGCCGCAAGUCUUCCCAGACCGUCACUGUGACCACACCCCGCCGCGGUACUUUCUUGGAGUCUGCUAACCCUGGAUCUUCUAGCACUGAGUCUAAGAAAGCAACAAUGACCUAUGUAGAGCGUCUCAAUCUCUAUAUGAGCCACCCAUGGGGUCUAGUCGACUAUCAUAUCUAUCUCACUCACAUUGAGAGUGGCCGAGAUGCGAUCAACCGCUUGGAGGAGUGCCAUCUCCUUGAGACCGAUGCAUUCACACGAGUACGUCUCACUGAACAGCUAACUUCCGAGAAAAUACCCACAGGCACAACCCCAACAGUAGUAAUUGUGAGUCUUCCCGUUCCCAAGGUUGAAAACAAGUUCGACAACACCAAGCUGGUGCUGGGCUUUGAUUUGGCAACUUUUAAUCUUCAGGGCUAUCUCAUUGAGUCUGAGACUCCCAUCGAUGGAUACCAGGAUCUUCAUAAGGCAUGGAAUAAGGGCCGGUUGAUUAUCGAUGUGCAUGCCCACAAGUUCUUGGAUAUGGUAGACCACACCAUGAAAAAUGAUAUUGAGAUCCUUGAUUUAGGUAUGUUCCGCCACUAUGGUGAGACUAAGCUUGAGUUCCAUGCUGGUUUUGACAUGGUGAUUGCUAUUCAAUUCUUGCAGUUUCUGGGUGACCAUGCUGACCUUCUUUUUGGGGAUGGUAUAUGGUUUGCUGAGACAUAUACUCCUUUCCAGGACGAUAUGCGUGAGAUGAUUGCUGCUAGCUCGCGUGACUCCUGGUUUGCUGCUCACGGCGGAAAGACUGUUGAGCAGUACCACCAGAAGGAGAUGAAGAAAGUUGUUGUUUCUAAUUUGUUCUAUAGUCAGACUGUCGACAUUUUGGAUCGAUCUGUUGCCGAUAAACAGAGGGUUGUUCCGGCUGAGACUUCUAGGUUGGAUGCUCGUGCUAGGCUUAUCGAAAUGGGAGCCUGGCUUUCUUGA